AGGAGCGGGGGCCCAUGGGGCCCGCGGGUAGAGCAGGCUGCCGGCAGUGAGCUGUGCUCACCUGGGAAAUGUGGCCUAAGCCCCAGCCCCUACCCUGAGCAGCGAGCCUUCUUACAGGGAGGGACAGUGGAUUCACAGCACGGUCCAUUAUGGCCAGUGGCAACUGUCAGGGGUGCGAAGAGGAGAACGAGGGAACUCUGAAGAAGUUGAUAGUGAGGCUGAACAAUGUCCAGGAAGGAAAACAGAUACAGACGCUAGUCCAAAUCCUGGAGGAUAUGCUGGUGUUCACAUACGCUGACCACGCCUCCAAGUUAUUUCAAGGCAAAAAUAUCCACGUGCCUCUGUUGAUCGUCCUGGACUCGUACAUAAGAGUUGCGUGUGUGCAGCAGGUGGGUUGGUCACUUCUAUGCAAGUUAAUAGAAAUCUGUCCAGAUACAAUGCAGAACUUAAUAGGACCCCAGGAUGUUGGACAUGAUUGGGAAGUCCUUGGUGUUCACCAAUUGAUUCUUAAAUUGUUAACAGUUCACAAUGCCAAUGUAAACCUGUCAAUAGUUGGACUGAAGGCCUUAGAUCUCCUCCUAACUUCAGGUAAAAUCACUUUGCUGAUAUUAGAUGAGGAAAGUGAUAUUUUCUUGUUAAUUUUUGAUGCCAUGCGCAUGUUUCCAGCCAAUGACGAAGUCCAGAAACUUGGAUGCAAGGCUUUACAUGUGCUCUUCGAGAGAGUUUCAGAGGAGCAACUAACUGAAUUUAUUGAGAACAAAGAUUAUAUGAUAUUGUUGACUGCAUUAAAAAAUUUUAAAGAUGAAGAAGAAAUUGUGCUUCAUGUACUUCACUGUCUACAUUCCCUAGCAAUUCCUUGCAAUAAUGUUGAAGUCCUCAUGAGUGGCAAUGUCAGGUGUUAUAAUAUUGUGGUAGAAGCUAUGAAAGCAUUUCCUAUUAAUGAAAAAAUCCAGGAAAUCAGUUGCUGCUUGCUCCAUAGGCUUACAUUAGGUAAUUUUUUUAAUAUUCUGGUAUUAAACGAGGUCCACACGUUUGUGGUGAAAGCUGUGAAGCAGUAUUCAGAGAAUGCAACAUUACAAAUCUCGGCACUCAGCUGUUUAGCACUCCUCACUGAGACCAUUUUCUUAAAUCAAGACUUAGAGGAAAAGAAUGAGAAUCAGGAGAGUGAUACUGAAGAGGAAGAAGAUAAAUUGUUUUGGCUGGAAGCCUGUUACAAAGCAUUAACGUGGCAUAGAAAGAACAAGCACGUGCAGGAGGCCGCAUGCUGGGCACUAAAUAAUCUCCUCAUGUACCAAAACAAUUUACACGAGAAGAUUGGAGAUGAAGAUGGCCAGUUCCCAGCUCAUAGGGAAGUGAUGCUGUCCAUGCUGAUGCAUUCUUCAUCAAAAGAAGUCUUCCAGGCAUCUGCGAAUGCAUUGUCGACUCUGUUAGAACAAAACGUUAAUUUCAGAAAAAUCCUGUUGUCAAAAGGAAUAUACCUGAACGUAUUGGAGUUAAUGCAGAAGCAUAUAUACUCUCCUGAAGUGGCUGAAAGUGGCUGUAAAAUGCUAAAUCAUCUUUUUGAAGGAAGUAAUACUGCCCUGGAUACAAUGGCAGCAGUGGCCCCCAAAAUAAUAACAGUUAUGAAAAGUCACGAGACAUCAUUAUCAGUGCAGCUGGAGGCACUUCGAGCUAUUUUGCAUUUUAUAGUUCCAGGCAUGCCAGAAGAAUCCAGGGAGGAUACUGAAUCACAACAUAAGCUAAAUAUGGUUAAAAAACAGUGUUUCUGGAAUGAUAUUCACAAACUGGUCCUAGCAGCUUUGAACAGGUUCAUUGGAAAUCCUGGGAUUCAGAAAUGUGGAUUAAAAGUCAUUUCUUCUGUAGCACAUUUUCCUGAUGCGUUAGAGAUAUUAUCCCUGGAAGGUGCUAUUGAUUCAGUACUUCACACACUGCAGAUGUAUCCAGAUGACCAAGAAAUCCAGUGUCUGGGUUUAAGUCUUAUAGGAUGCUUGAUUAUGAAGAAGAAUUUAUGUGUGGGAACUGGGCAUCUGCUGGCAAAAAUUCUGGUUUCCAGCUUACAACGAUUUAAGGAUGUUGCUGAAGUACAGAUGAAUGGAUUUCAGGCAAUCUUGGCAAUACUUGAAUUGUCAGAAUCUUUUUCCAAGCUUCUGAUGCAUCAUUCAUUUGACUCAGUAAUCUUCUGUCAUAUGUCUUCCAGCAUCAACGAACAAAAGAAUCAACAGUUCCUAAAUCUUUGUUGCAAGUGUUUUGCAAAAUUAGCUAUGGAUGAUGAGUUAAAAAGUGUGAUGCUAGAGAGAGCAUGUGAUCAGAAUAACAGUAUCAUGGUUGAAUGCUUGCUUCUAUUGGGAGCUGACGCCAAUCAAGCAAGGGAGUCAACUUCCUUAAUUUGUCAGGUGUGUGAGAAAGAGAGCAGUCCCAAGUUAGUGGAACUGUUAUUGAAUAGUGGACCCCGUGAACAAGAUGUCCGGAAAGCCCUGACAAUAAGCAUUGGGAAAGGUGACAGCCAAAUCAUCAGUUUGCUCUUACAGAGGCUUGCCCUGGACCUGGCCAAUAAUAGCAUCUGCCUUGGAGGAUUUUGUAUGGGAAAAAUUGAGCCUUCUUGGCUUGGUCCUUUAUUUCCAGAUAAGACAUCUAAUUUAAGAAAGCAAACAAAUAUAGGAUCCACCCUAGCAAGAAUGGUGCUCAGAUAUCAGAUGAAAAGUGCUGGUGAAGAAGGAGCAGCCUCAGGCAGUGAUGGGAACUUUUCUGAAGAUGUACUUGUUAAAUUUGAUGAAUGGACCUUCAUUCCUGACUCUUCUAUGGACUGUGUGUUUGGUCAAAGUGAUGAUCUGGAUAGCGAAGGAAGUGAAGGAUCAUUUCUUGUGAAAAAGAAGUCAAAUUCAAUUAGUGUGGGAGAAUUUUACCGAGAUCCGGCCUUGCAACAUUGUUCACCAAAUUUGCAAAGGCAUUCCAAUUCACUGGGACCUAUUUUCGAUCAAGAAGACUUGCUGAAACGAAGAAGAAAAAUAUUAUCUUCAGAUGAUUCACUUAGGUCAUCAAAACUUCAAUCCCAUAUGAGGAAUUCAGACAGCACUUCUUCCCUGGCUUCUGAGAGAGAAUAUAUUACAUCCUUAGACCUUUCAUCAAAUGAACUAAGAGAUAUUGAUGCCCUAAGCCAGAAAUGCUGCAUAAGUGGUCAUUUGGAGCAUCUUGAAAAGCUGGAGCUUCACCAGAAUGCACUCUCAAGCUUUCCACAACAGCUUUGUGAAACUCUGAAGUGUUUGACCCAUUUGGACUUGCAUAGCAAUAAAUUUACAGCAUUUCCUUCUUACUUGUUGAAAAUGAAUUGCAUUGCCAACCUUGAUGUCUCUCGGAAUGACAUCGGGCCCUCUGUAAUUUUGGAUCCUGUGGUAAGGUGUCCAACCCUGAAACAGUUUAACAUGUCAUAUAAUCAGCUGUCUUCUAUGCCUGAGAACCUCGCUGUUGUGGUAGAGAAGCUGGAGCAGCUCAUUUUAGAAGGAAAUAAAAUAUCAGGAAUAUGUUCCCCCUUGAGUCUGAAGGAACUGAAGGUCUUAAACCUUAGUAAAAACCACAUUUCAUCCCUGUCAGAGAAUUUCCUUGAGGCUUGUCCUAAAGUGGAGAGUUUCAGUGCCAGAAUAAAUUUUCUUGCUGCAAUGCCUUUCUUGCCUUCUUCCAUAACAAGCCUAAAAUUAUCUCAAAACAAAUUUACAUGUAUUCCAGAAGCAAUUUUAAAUCUACCACAUUUGCGGUCCUUAGAUAUGAGCAGCAAUAAUAUUCAGUAUCUACCGGGCCCUGCACACUGGAAAUCUUUGAACUUAAGAGAACUCUUGUUUAGCUCUAAUCAGAUCAGCAUCUUGGACUUGAGUGAGAAAGCACAUGCAUGGUCUAGGGUAGAGAAACUACAUCUCUCUCGUAAUAAACUGAAAGAGAUUCCUCCUGAGAUUGGCUGCCUUGAAAAUCUGACAUCUCUUGAUGUUAGUUACAACUUGGAACUGAGAUCCUUUCCCAAUGAAAUGGGAAAAUUAAGCAAAAUAUGGGAUCUUCCUUUGGAUGAACUGCGUCUUAAUUUUGAUUUUAAACAUAUAGGAUGUAAAGCCAAAGACAUCAUAAGGUUUCUUCAACAGCGGUUAAAAAAGGCUGUGCCCUAUAACCGAAUGAAACUUAUGAUUGUGGGGAAUACUGGGAGUGGUAAAACCACUUUAUUGCAGCAAUUAAUGAAAACCAAGAAAUCAGAUCUUGGAAUGCAAAGUGCCACAGUUGGCAUCGAUGUGAAAGACUGGCCUAUCCAAAUAAGAGGCAAACGGAAGAAAGACCUGGUUCUAAAUGUGUGGGAUUUUGCGGGUCGUGAGGAAUUCUACAGUACUCAUCCCCACUUCAUGACUCAACGAGCAUUGUAUCUUGCUGUCUAUGACCUCAGCAAAGGACAAGCUGAAGUUGAUGCAAUGAAGCCUUGGCUCUUCAAUAUAAAGGCACGUGCUUCUUCUUCCCCUGUGAUUCUUGUUGGCACACAUUUGGAUGUUUCUGAUGAGAAGCAACGCAAAGCCUGCAUAAGUAAAAUCACCAAGGAACUCUUGAACAAGCGAGGGUUCCCUGCAAUACGGGAUUACCACUUUGUGAAUGCCACCGAGGAAUCUGAUGCUUUAGCAAAACUUCGGAAAACCAUUAUAAAUGAGAGCCUUAAUUUCAAGAUCCGAGACCAGCCUGUUGUUGGGCAGCUGAUUCCAGACUGCUAUGUAGAACUUGAGAAAAUCAUUUUAUUGGAGCGUAAAAAUGUGCCAGUUGAAUUCCCUGUAGUUGACCGGAAACGAUUAUUACAACUAGUGACAGAAAAUCAGCUGCAGUUAGAUGAAAACGAGCUUCCUCAUGCGGUUCACUUCCUGAAUGAAUCAGGGGUCCUGCUUCAUUUUCAAGACCCAGCACUGCAGCUAAGUGACUUAUACUUUGUGGAACCCAGGUGGCUUUGUAAAGUCAUGGCACAGAUUUUGACAGUGAAAGUGGAAGGCUAUCCGAAACAUCCUAAGGGAAUUAUUUCACGUAGAGAUGUGGAAAAGUUCCUUUCAAAGAAAAGGAGAUUUCCAAAGAACUACAUGUCACAGUACUUUAAACUCCUAGAAAAAUUCCAGAUUGCCUUGCCAAUAGGAGAAGAAUAUUUGCUGGUUCCAAGCAGUUUGUCUGAUCACAGGCCUGUGAUAGAGCUUCCCCAUUGUGAGAACUCAGAGAUUAUUAUUCGACUGUAUGAAAUGCCUUAUUUUCCAAUGGGAUUUUGGUCUAGAUUAAUCAAUCGAUUACUUGAAAUUUCACCUUACAUGCUUUCAGGAAGAGAACGAGCACUUCGCCCAAACAGAAUGUACUGGCGACAAGGCAUCUACUUGAAUUGGUCUCCUGAAGCUUAUUGCCUGGUAGGAUCCGAAGUCUUAGAUUAUCACCCAGAAAGUUUCUUAAAAAUUACAGUUCCUUCUUGUAGAAAAGGCUGUAUUCUUUUGGGCCAAGUCGUGGAUCACAUUGAUUCUCUCAUGGAGGAAUGGUUUCCUGGGCUACUGGAAAUUGAUAUUUGUGGUGAAGGAGAAACUCUGCUGAAGAAAUGGGCAUUGUAUAGUUUUAAUGAUGGUGAAGAGCAUCAAAAAAUCUUACUGGAUGACCUAAUGAAGAAAGCAGAAGAAGGAGACCUCUUAAUAAAUCCAGAUCAACCAAGGCUCACCAUUCCAAUAUCUCAGAUCGCUCCUGACUUGAUUUUGGCUGAUCUGCCUAGAAAUAUUAUGUUGAAUAGUGAUGAACUAGAAUUUGAACAAGCUCCAGAGUUUCUCUUAGGUGAUGGCAGUUUUGGAUCCGUUUAUCGAGCUGCCUAUGGAGGAGAAGAAGUGGCUGUGAAGAUUUUUAAUAAACAUACGUCGCUUAGGCUGUUAAGACAAGAGCUGGUGGUGCUUUGCCACCUCCACCACCCCAGCUUAAUAUUUUUGCUGGCAGCUGGGAUUCGUCCUCGAAUGUUGGUGAUGGAAUUAGCCCCCAAGGGCUCCCUGGAUCGCCUGCUUCAGCAGGACAAAGCUAGCCUCACCCGAACCCUGCAGCACAGGAUCGCACUGCAUGUGGCUGAUGGCUUGAGGUAUCUCCACUCAUCUAUGAUUAUAUACCGUGACUUGAAACCUCACAACGUGUUGCUUUUUACCCUGUACCCCAAUGCUGCCAUCAUUGCAAAGAUUGCUGACUACGGAAUUGCUCAGUAUUGCUGUAGAAUGGGAAUAAAGACAUCAGAGGGCACACCAGGGUUUCGUGCACCUGAAGUGGCCAAAGGAAAUGUUAUUUAUAACCAACAAGCUGAUGUUUAUUCAUUUGGUUUACUACUCUAUGACAUUUUGACAACUGGAGAUAGAAUAGUAGAAGGUUUGAAGUUUCCAAAUGAAUUUGAUGAAUUGGCAAUACAAGGAAAAUUACCAGACCCAGUUAAAGAAUAUGGUUGUGCUCCAUGGCCUAUGGUUGAGAAGUUAAUUAAAAAAUGUUUGAAGGAAAAUCCUCAAGAAAGGCCUACUUCUGCCAAGGUUUUUGACAUUUUGAAUUCAGCUGAGUUAGUCUGCCUGAUGAGAUAUAUUUUAUUGCCUAAAAACUUUGCUGUUGAAUGCAUGGUGGCUACAAAUCCUAACAGCAAGAAUGCAAGCAUCUGGCUGGGCUGUGGGCACAGUGACAAAGGACAGCUCUCCUUUCUUGACUUGAAUACUGAAGCACACACUUCUGAGGAAGUUACUGAUAGUAGAAUAUUGUGCUUGGCCUUGGUGUACCUUCCUGUUGAAAAGGAAAGCUGGAUUGUGUCUGGAACACAGUCUGGCAAUCUCCUGGUCAUCAAUACUGAAGAUGGGAAAAGGAGGCAUACACUUGAAAAGAUGACUGAUUCUGUUACUUGUUUGUAUUGCAAUUCGUUUUCCAAGCAAAGCAAACAAAAAAAUUUCCUUUUGGUGGGAACUGCUGAUGGAAAUUUAGCAAUUUUUGAAGAUAAAGCUGUUAAGUGUAAAGGAGUUGCUCCUUUGAAGAUACUAAAUAUAGGAAAUGUCAGCACUCCGCUGAUGUGUUUGAGUGAAUCCAUGAAUUCAGCUGAAAAAAACAUAAUGUGGGGAGGAUGUGGCACAAAGAUUUUCUCAUUUUCUAGUGAUUUCAGCAUUCAAAAGCUCAUUGAGACAAAGACGAAUCAGCUCAAACAUCCAGAAAGUAAAGCAAAGAAGAAAAUGACACAUCUAUUAUAUAUCUUAAUUGUUGAUAAAGUUAUUAACAUACUUUAUGGUUUUAGGGAAGAAAUGGUAAAAUCAAGCAAGGAAUCAAAACACAAAAUGUCUUAUUCGGGGAGAGUGAAAACUCUCUGCCUCCAGAAGAACACUGCUCUCUGGAUAGGAACCGGAGGAGGCCACAUUUUACUUCUUGACCUUUCGACUCGUCGAAUUAUACGAAUAAUUCACAACUUUUGUGAUUCUAUUAGAGUCAUGAUAACAGCACAGUUAGGAAGCCUUAAAAAUGUCAUGCUGGUUUUGGGGUAUAAUCGGAAAAGUACUGAAGGUACGCAACACCAAAAAGAGAUACAAUCUUGCUUGUCUGUUUGGGACAUCAAUCUUCCACAUGAAGUGCAAAAUUUAGAACAACACAUUGAAGUAAGAAAAGAAUUGGCUGAAAAAAUGAGAAGAAUAUCUGUUGAAUAAGAGGGAUAUUGGAAAUGUUGGUCUUUUUGAAUGGAAAAAAUUAUUUUCCUCUCUUGUAAAUAUUUCUUUAAAUGUUUACAUUGAAAAGGGAACUUCCACUCUUUGAAAUAGCUCAUAUGUAUAUGAAGGAAUGUUUAUAUGUUUCAUUUUAAUAUCAGUAUGUGUAAAAUAAUUACAGUAAAAAUAUGUUUAAAAG